GGGCUCGCACUUGCGCAGUGACUGCGAGCAUGGCGGCCGCUGGUCGUCCGCGCUUUGGACAUGAGAUUGACAAUGGUGGCUCAGAAGGUUCCCAUGGAAACACUGUCUUGUGACAUGGAAAUGGAAGGAUUUGUGAGAGAUGAUCCCUCUUUGCUGGUCCUGGGUGACAACUGGGACUCUGAGAACCACAAGAAACAUCUGAGGCAAUCUGCUUUACCCCAGGAGAAACCAGAAGUUCAGGAAGCAGUCUCUGAAUAUCUUGGCUUUGGGGAGCAUUUGAGUGCAAGCUUGGGCCUUCCACCAUCGCAGAGAGUUUCUACAAAAAAUGGUUUCCAUAAUGCAGAUGCCAAAAUGGUGGACUGUGACCAAGCCUUACACAGUUGUUCCAAAAAGUAUGCAGGCAAGAGAAUUGGUGACAGUGAUGCCUGUGAUAAACCCUUCCACCACUCCUUAGAAGUUACUCAGUUUGGAAGAAAUCAAGUGAAAGACAAGCCUUGUAAAUACCCUGAAAAUGUUAAAUCCAUGCAUCAUUUUACCCACAGGGGUGAUCAAAAAAUAAUGAAAAGAGGAAAGAGACUGUGUGAAAACAAUGACUUUGGACAUAUCUUUCUUUUGAGCUCAUCUCUAAGUGAAAACAGGAGGAGUCACCUCAUUGAGAAGCCAUACAAAUGUUCUGAAUGUGGCAAAUGCUUCAAACGCAACUCUUCUCUAGUUCUGCAUCACCGAACUCACACUGGAGAGAAACCUUAUACCUGUAAUGAGUGUGGAAAAUCCUUCUCCAAGAACUACAACCUUAUUGUGCAUCAAAGGAUACAUACAGGUGAGAAGCCGUAUAAAUGCAAUAAAUGUGGGAAAGCUUUUAGUGAUGGGUCGGCUCUGACUCAACACCAAAGGAUUCACACAGGUGAGAAGCCUUAUGAAUGUCUAGAAUGUGGAAAAACCUUUAACCGCAAUUCAUCUUUGAUUUUACAUCAAAGAACUCACACAGGAGAAAAACCGUAUAGAUGCAAUGAGUGUGGGAAACCCUUCACUGAUAUCUCUCACCUUACUGUGCAUCUCAGAAUCCACACAGGUGAAAAGCCCUAUGAGUGCAGCAAAUGUGGAAAGGCUUUCCGAGAUGGCUCAUACCUUACACAGCAUGAGAGAACUCAUACUGGAGAGAAGCCUUUUGAGUGUAUUGAGUGUGGGAAAUCCUUCAACCGUAAUUCCCACCUCAUUGUGCAUCAAAAAAUCCAUUCUGGGGAGAAACCCUAUGAGUGUAAUGAGUGUGGGAAGACAUUCAUUGAGAGUGCAUAUCUCAUUAGACAUCAGAGGAUUCAUACUGGUGAGAAGCCUUAUGGCUGUAAUCAGUGUCAGAAGCUUUUCAGAAACAUUGCUGGCCUCAUCCGGCACCAGAGGACUCAUACUGGUGAGAAGCCCUAUGAAUGUAAUCAGUGUGGCAAAUCUUUCCGGGACAGCUCCUGUCUGACCAAGCACCAGAGAAUUCACACCAAGGAAUCUCCAUACCAGUGUCUGCAAUGUGGGAAAUCCUUUAAGCAGAACUCUCAUCUGGCAGUACAUCAGAGACUGCAUAACAAGGAAGGCCUCUACCAGUGUCCUCAGUGUGGGAAGUCAUUCAGGAGGACCUCAUCCCUUGUCCGACAUCAGAGAACACACCCUGAAGAGCAGCCUGUGGAAACCUGAAUGUUGAUGAUCACACUGUUCUCCCAGUUGACACAAAAACCUGCACAAAGGUAGUGUGGCUUCAGAUGUGACUUCCUGGUCUUUUAAGCUACCCUGGAGAAUUGGUCAUUGUGAGACAUUCUGUGGCCAGUUAAGCCCAUUAUUCAGGAACUCUUGGAAAAAACAUUAGAUGAUGAUAAAUGUGAAGAAAGCUUCAAGAAUCAUUAAAGCAGUUCCAAACAUGAUAAUACAUACUCAAGAAUAAAACAUGAGAAUGUAGAGAAGGUGCUUCUGCCAAGAGGUGUAUGCACCUUUUACUUCAGCAUGCUAGAAAGAACUCAUGCAUGUAGUGAGUAAGUGUUCCAUAGGAGUGUCCACCUACUUUCCAGAAGCAAAUUCUUACUAGGAUCAGACCUUGUGAGUAUAGUCAAGAAAAAGAAAGUUUUUGGAAGGGCUUUUAACUAAUUUUUUCCUGUAUCAGUAAAGAUACAGAAAACCUUUAACCACAAUUCAUCUCUGAUUUUGCAUCACAGAACUCAUACAGGAGAAAAAAAGUACAGCAACUAUCGAAUAAGAGCUGGAGUUUGCUUUGUGGAGGUGUUUCUGAGUUACAUACUGUCCUCCUGGGACUCAUGGAGAAAGGGGAAACUGGACAUAACAGUUGUUUCUGAAGGAAGAGUGACAUCAUUUUUCCUAAAACUAAAACCUGCCUCUAGGAUUGAAAGGGGUACUUUUAAGAAACAUGAUAUGUUGUUUUAUUUGUUGAAACUAUGAAAUAAUGAGUUAUUAUGUUUACCUUGUCACUUUGCUAACUCCACUUUUGUUCUUCAUUGAGGACUUCUAAUUUAUUAUGUUGAGCACUUCUCUAGCCUCACUUUUGUUCUUCAUUGAGGACUUCCAGUUUAUUCUGUUCAAUCACUGUGACUCAUAAUUGCAAAGGUUUUGUUACCAUGUUUAAAAAGGUUAAUAUAUAGCAAAAGGCAUAAGAUAGGAGAUAAAGAUAAGUGCACAUAGGGGUAUAGAUUAGAAAUAGGUGAUAGAGGAAUAAAGCAGUCAUUAGGGGACUAAAAUUGUGUAUAUUUUUUUCCUCUAUUACGAAUCCUACAUUGUUGGUAUAAGUUGAGAGUGGGUAAAAGUGUGAAGCCUGAAGAGGUAAAUUUUGGGAUUCUUUGACUCUUCUCUACCAGUAGGAGCUAGGUCAGGGCUUGAGGGCCUCAUAAGCGUCAAGGCAGAAGUGUCCCUGUGGUCAGACAGCCAAGGGCAAUAGAAUCAUUUCCUUCUUUGGGACUUGAACUCUUAAGGUUUUGUCAUUGUGGAAAAGGUAGAGGAUUGGAACCAGAGUUUUCAGAGAAGCCUAGAACAGUUCUAGAAUGGCCCUUCUAAGGGCUACAAAGCCAGGAGAAUUGAUGCAGCCUCCAAGCUCUGUGAGUGGAUGCACUGGGGAUUUUGGAUUAUUAUUAUUAUU